AUGGUCGGUGCAUCUACUCUCUUUUGGAAUCGUCUUAUAACUUCCUGGUUUCAAUACGAAGUUGCCGCUUUGUGUCUAGUCACCACAACCGUCGCUUACACUAAAGUUUUCUGUACUCUGCGUCAUAACCAAAUUCAUGUUCAGAACCAUGUUGCUCAAGGACAACCGAGCCAAACAAUUCCACUGAACAUAGCUCGAUACAGAAAGGCAGUCUAUAGUGCACUGUGGGUGCAGGGAACAUUGGUUAUUUGUUAUCUGCCUUAUGUUAUAGUAAUAGCUUUGCAACCUCAGAGAGGGAUGUCUUUAUCCAUUUACCGUGCUUAGCAAUUUACGAGUACUUUAGUGUAUUUGAACUCAUCAUCAAACCCGUUGUUGUACUGUUGGAAGAUCAGUGAAGUGAGGCAAGCUGUA